UGAUCGCUCACUCAUCCAUUCACUUCCAGCUUGCUCUCUCUCUCUCCUCCGAGUCCCAAGUGCAUCAAAGUCCGCCCGCCCACACACCCGAUUGGCAAGACGCACUCACAAUUCCCUUGCUUCCUCCUCUUUCCAUUCAACAUUGACGAAUACCUACACCAUCGAUCCGAUAUUUCUUACCUCUCCUAGUCAUCAUCAAUCAUCACCACGAUACGGAGUACCAUACCCACAAAGAGCUCUAAAAGCAUCGUCGCCACAUGCACACGACGCCUUCACCACCACACAUACCUAGUACUCUGUACACACUCGCAACACACAACACACACACGUACGAAUACCCCGGCAAGGUCAUACCAGCAUAGCAGCGCAGCCCAUCACCGAUCCAGCUCCAGCUCCAGCUCAGCUAGCUUCAUUCCAAGACACACCCGGUGAUACCGCCCAGCCAAGGGCCCAAGACAACAGCCAAAGCCAAAAGCCGCAAAGCAACACGGACUGUGGAGUUGGACAUCCUCCCCAAGGCUCAAGGCUCAAGGCUCAAGCAUCUCCAAUACUCCACUCACGCAGACUCAACCCUGCUUGCGCGCCCAUCCCAUCGCAUCGCAGUCUGCAAAGCCGAACCUGGGCCACCACCAUAACCACCACCACCACAUCCACCACCCAUCCUGCUGGUCUGGCCUCCUCUUCUCGUUUCUCUCUCUCGCUCGCUCUCUUCUCGUGUCAGAGGGACAGGUCAUCCUCCACCCCAUCCUCAUCCACGUUCCCCCCGACCUUAGCCCCGACAUUCGCACUCCAUACCACCAAAUCUCUUGAUCCGACACACAAUUCCAUCAUCGCCACCCACUUCUCCCACCGUUCUUCAGGUUUCUCGGUCGACCGCUCAUUUCAACUCUGCCGCCAGCACCGCGAAUAGCAUCACCGACGCCCGCCAUCACCAUUUCCCAUCGAACCCCAUACCACGGUACCACCAAUUCUUGAACCACACACCCCUGCACCUCCCCACGACGCCAACUUCCGACUCCACGUCGUUUUUUCGCGAUCCGCCUCACUUGCUUCACUCCUGUUCAAAACCCCCAACGCGUAACCCAAUCACCUCCCCUCGACUGUCCACCACCCAUUCUGCUCUGCACAUGGGUCCGCGAUCCUCGCUGUAGUCAUCAAUCCCCUCUCCUUCCUUCCUUUCCCUUUCCCUUCCCUCUCCUUUCUUUCCUCAUCCUAACCCCCCCUCCCCCACCCACUACUACAGCAUCGUCCAGCUACGAGCGCCAUCCGCGUACAAGUCGAGUAGGGUCCUGCGACAACGACGCCAUUGCCGCAUCCCGUCACGAUGGACCACCCUAAAGACUUCCGCUCGACGGUCCUGCAGGCGCCCUCCCGUCACGAUGACCGCGACGACGACCGUGAUCGCGACCGCCGCCGCCAUCGCGACAUCAUGAAUCCCACGCCCGGCAGCACGCGCCAUUCCGGCUUCAACUUGCGAUCGCCUACCCAGUCCGAGUACCAUCACCCCCCGCAUUCUUCCUACUCGUCGCCCAAAGCAGCCUCGUCGACGUCCCAUGCGCUCCCGCAUCACUCACCGCGAUCCCAUCAGUCCGGCCUGUCGCAUCCGAAUCCUUACUCCUCCUCGUCGGCAGCCGGCGGUCCGCUUGCGCCCUCGCUGCCCGCGCUCGGCGGUGCCAGCAGCAGCUCGGGAGCUGGACAUCAUCAGGCUCCGCCGUUGUCGCCGUUGCACCCCCCGAGCGGAUACUACCCGCCACCCGAGUCGCAUCAGACGCGCGAGAAGCCUGCUACGAGCAGCUACUACGAUCCGUUGACUGACACUACAAGAGAAAGGAGGGUGUCUGACGCAGGUUGGAACAAUAAUGCGGCCAAUGGCUCGCCCAAGACCACACGCGGCGAUCCCUACGGCAACUACUCUCAACCCGAGCCGGCAUCUCGAGACUCGCACGCGUAUUAUAAGAACGGCAGCGCAGGAUACACGUCGCCAUCAGCAGCCAACUUCCCCCCGAGGAGUCCGCGAUCCCACUCACAUUCGCACUCCAACUCCCACUCCCACUCUCAUCAACCACCUACCGGUUCCAUCAGCCCAUCGAUCAGGGCAACGCCGCACAUGACGUCCCCCAGUCUGCGGCAUGCUGCGUCGCCCAGCGUGCAUGCAUCUUCCAAUGGUGGCGCCGUCGCGUCUCUGCCUCCUCUGGCCAAGGCCGAGCCGUCUCCCUUGAAAGCUCCUGCUAGUACCCCCAGUCGCGCUGACCCUAUGUCUUUCUCCAACAUUCUCUCGAGUGCCGAGCCCGUCUCGAAACCAAAAUCGAAAUCACCACCACCCGUCGAAGAGAAAGAAAAGGAAAGGGAAAAGGAAAAAGAGAAGGAGAAGGAGAAGGCUGUUGAGCCCAAGCCCGACCGUGAGAAGCCCCGCUCCGUCGACCCUCCAGUCAAGACCGAGCGCACCGAACGCAGCGAGCGCGAAGCCGAGAUUGAACUCCGACCGGAGCCCGUCAAGGAGAGAUCCAGCACUCCCCUGGCCCGUAAGGAGAGAAAAGAGCGAGUACCUAGAAAGUCAAAGUCGAGAGCUUCCGAUAUCAGAGAUGCCGAAUCGACUCCCAAGAGCAGCCGCCGUGCUUCGUCCAAACUCGAGACACCGACGCCUCGCAUCCCCUCCAAGCGCCAGGCCAAUGGCCAGCCGAAGCAAAAGACCCUGCCCGCCGAUAAGGAAAAGAAGGUCACGGAUCUGAUUGCUCAGCUCGAUGCCGAUGCCGACGAGCUUACCGACUCCGAACUCACAGCUGAUCGUGCCGAGUACCAAGAAAGCGGCAACAAGCGACGUCGCCUCUUGCAAGAUAAGGAUAGCAAGCGGAAUGUCGAGCGACGCGACGAAUUCUCGAGAGAGAUGGGCCGCAGAUUGGGCACUCAUGCCGAUCUCGGCAAACGCCGCUACGACGACAUCUACUACGAGGAGGCCAUGAACGAGGUCCGAGAACGUGAGCUCUUUGCCGAAAAGGAGCGCAAGAAGGACAUGCAGCGCAAGCGUCGUCGUGAAAAGUCCAUGGCUGUCACUAUGGAGCAGCAAAAGCUUGCCCUGGAGCGCGCACGAUUGGCCGAAGAUGAGACCGAAAAGGCGAAGCAUCUGCGGGAUGCCGAGCGUGCUAACAAAAAGGCUCUGCAAACGAAGUUGAUUCUCCAAAAGGGCAUCAAGGGCCCCGCUCGCAACCUCGUCGAGCUCAACCUGGACGGAGGCACCAUGGCCACCUUCCAAGCGUCCGACAUGGAACCCGGCACGAAGCCCAAGGGCAAGGGUCGCAGCGGUCCUCGGCCCAAGAAGUCGAAGGAGCAGAAGCAGGCCGAGAAGGACGCUGCAGAGGCUGCGCAAGCCGCCAUCGACGCUGGCGAGGAGCUCCCGAUCAAGGAAGAGGGCAAGAUCCGCAUCAAGUUCAACAAGAAGUCCAAAGACAAGGACAAAGAGAAGAACAAGGACAAGGAUGUGGAUCAGGACGAGCCCGACGUCGAGGUCGAAGGCGACGGCGACGUCGACAUUGACGAGGAUACCAUCGUCGAGCCCGUCAAGGAGAAGAAGGAGCGCAAGAACAAGAAAGAAAAGAAGGAGAAGAAGGAGGAGAAGCCCGAGGAGCCUCCCAACAAGGACGCCAAGUUCGAGACCAAGGGUUUCCUCCAGAUUUACGACCAGAUUUGGCGCGACCUCGCCCGCAAGGAUGUCUCCAAGACCUACAAGAUGGCGGCCGAGUCCUACCAGACCAAGGCGUCCAACCUUAAGAAGACAGCCAUCCUCGCAUCUAAAGAGGCCAAGAGGUGGCAGCUGCGGACGAACAAGGGCACCAAGGAUCAGCAGGCCCGUGCCAAGCGUGUCAUGCGUGACAUGAUGGGCUUCUGGAAGCGCAAUGAGCGUGAGGAGCGCGAUCUCAGAAAGGCCGCUGAGAAGCAGGAGAUUGAGAACGCCCGCAAGGAAGAAGCCGAGCGCGAAGCUGCCCGCCAGAAGAGAAAGCUCAACUUCCUUAUCUCGCAGACCGAGCUGUACUCCCAUUUCAUUGGCAAGAAGAUCAAGACGGACGAGGUCGAACGCAGUACCGAUAACCCCGAGAUUGCUGCCGAGAACAAGGACGAGACUGCGCACAACAAGCAUCUCGAUAUCGCUGAACCUACAGGACCUCUGGGCGCCAAGGUCACCGACUUUGAGAACCUCACCUUUGAGGAGGAAGACGAGGAGAAUUUGCGCCAAGCAGCCAUGGCCAAUGCUCAGAAUGCCAUCGCCGAGGCACAGAGAAAGGCCAGAGCUUUCAACGAGCCCGAGGGUCCCGACAUGGACGAGGAGGGCGAGAUGAACUUCCAGAACCCUGCCGGCAUGGGCGACGUCGCCAUCGAGCAGCCCAAGCUCAUCAAUGCGCAGCUCAAGGAGUACCAGCUCAAGGGUCUCAACUGGCUCGCCAACCUGUACGAGCAAGGUAUCAACGGCAUUCUCGCCGAUGAGAUGGGUCUCGGAAAGACGGUUCAGUCUAUUUCCGUCAUGGCCUACCUCGCAGAGAAGUACGAUAUCUGGGGUCCGUUCCUCGUCGUCGCGCCCGCGUCUACGCUUCACAACUGGGAACAGGAAAUCCGAAAGUUCGUCCCCGAGUUCAAGAUUCUUCCGUACUGGGGUUCUGCUGGUGACCGAAAGGUUUUGCGAAAGUUCUGGGACCGCAAGCACACCACCUACAAGAAGGAUGCAUCGUUCCACGUCUGUGUUACGUCGUACCAGCUCGUCGUCUCCGAUGUUGCCUACUUCCAGAAGAUGAAGUGGCAGUACAUGAUUCUCGACGAGGCGCAGGCCAUCAAGAGCUCUCAGAGUUCUAGAUGGAAGAGCUUGCUCAACUUCCACUGCCGUAACCGUCUCUUGCUCACGGGUACUCCUAUCCAGAACAACAUGCAGGAACUGUGGGCCUUGCUCCAUUUCAUCAUGCCGUCGCUCUUCGAUUCUCACGACGAGUUCAGCGAGUGGUUCUCCAAGGAUAUUGAGUCACAUGCACAGAGUAACACGAAGCUCAACGAGGAUCAGCUCAAACGUCUGCACAUGAUUCUAAAGCCAUUCAUGUUGCGUCGUGUCAAGAAGCAUGUCCAGAAGGAGCUUGGAGACAAGAUCGAGGAGGACGUCUACUGCGAUCUUACCUACAGACAGCGCGCCAUUUACAGCAACCUGCGGAACCAGAUCAGUAUCAUGGAUCUCAUCGAGAAGGCUACGACAGGCGACAAUGACGACUCUGGCACUCUCAUGAACCUCGUCAUGCAAUUCCGAAAGGUUUGCAACCAUCCCGACUUGUUCGAGAGAGCCGACACGACGUCCCCCUUCUCGUUCGGCUACUUCGCGGAGACGGCUUCUUUUGUCAGAGAGGGCAACAACGUCGCCGUCGGCUACUCUACUCGAAACUUGAUCGAGUACGAGCUGCCUCGUCUCCUUUGGAGACAAGAUGGCAGGCUCUACAAGGCCGACCGCGGCAACCUGAAGGCUGGCUGGCGCAACAAGAACCUGCAGCACAUGAUGAACAUUUUCACUCCGGAGCACAUCCGUGACAGUCUCGAGGGAUCCGACGCGUUUUCCUUCCUGCGCUUCGCUGAUACCAGCCCGGCCGAGGUCUACAAGGCUAGUCACGAGGACGUCUUCUCUCGUGCCGUCGAAUUGUCUCAGAAGAAGGAUCGCUUGCCCCUCAUGAAGAUUGCUUACGACGACGCCGAAGACGCCAACUUCACCCCUGCUCAUGCCUUGUUCAAGAUUGCCGCCCGCAACAACAGACAACCCCUUGCAGACAUCACUCAAGAGGGCAUCAUGGCCAACCUCAUGAACGUGGCCCGAGAGGAGUAUGUCGACAGCGGCUUGGGACGCUUGGAGCAGGCCGGUCGUCCGCGCGCCUCUGCUCCACCUAUUGAGGUAAGCUGCUGUAGCAGUGGAACCGGUCUGGAGACGGAAAGCAUCCUUUUCAACAGACCCAUGCGCAAGAGUCUGUUUGGCCCCACGAUCCAGGAGGAACGGGCCAUGGUUACUGAGAAGCUUCCCUUUGACCGAUUCCCGCCCCGCAAGUUGCUCCCUGCGCCGGACAACGACAAGAAGAAGUUCAACAACAUUGCGACUCCCUCAAUGCGCCGUUUUGUUACUGACAGCGGCAAACUGGCCACUCUCGACAAGUUGUUGACCAAGCUCAAGGCCGAGGGUCAUCGUGUGCUGCUCUACUUCCAGAUGACACGCAUGAUCGACCUCAUGGAGGAGUAUCUUACGUACCGCAAUUACAAGUAUUGCCGUCUCGAUGGUUCGACCAAGCUCGAAGACAGAAGAGAUACCGUCGCCGACUUCCAGACUCGUCCCGAGAUCUUCAUCUUCCUUUUGUCGACCCGUGCUGGUGGUCUCGGUAUCAAUCUUACCUCUGCCGACACCGUCAUCUUCUACGACUCCGAUUGGAACCCUACGAUCGAUUCGCAGGCCAUGGACAGAGCUCACAGAUUGGGUCAGACUCGCCAGGUUACCGUGUACCGUCUCAUCACUAAGGGAACGAUUGAGGAGCGUAUCCGGAAGCGUGCCAUGCAAAAGGAAGAGGUGCAGCGCGUCGUCAUCCAGGGAGGUGGUGCCAGUGUUGACUUCUCUGGUCGCCGCGCUCCUGAGAACCGCAACCGCGAUAUUGCCAUGUGGCUCGCCGACGAUGAGCAGGCGGAGAUGAUUGAGCAGCGUGAGAAGGAGAUGCUCGAGGCCGGCGAGUUCGACAAGCCCGAGAAGAAGAAGAAGACGACGAAGCGCAAGCGAGUGGUCAAUGAGGAUGUCAGCCUUGACGAGAUGUACCACGAGGGCGAGGGCAACUUUGAUGACAACCGCAACGGAGCCAACGGAACCUCGGGUACCGCCACGCCUGUAGCCGAGCCUGAGGUGAAGGGAGCCAAGAAGCAACGCAGAGGCGGUGGCAAGAAGGCCAAGACACUGAAACAGAGACUCGCCCUUGCCGACGGACAAGUCUAGUUCGUCGUCGACAGGCCGUCUGAUUCAAACAGAAGACGACGAUAGAUAACGAGAGGUCACUCGUUGCGCACAGAUGAGCGGAAAACGGAGGUUUCGAUUGUAGCAAUAUGGUUUAUGGGUAGGACACGCUGGGCGCGCGUGAGAUAUGCCUGGCGUCGGAGUGAACAACGCGAUUUGCAUCAAGAUGACGGUCGUGGCUAUUAUUAUGGACGAAUGCCGCGACUCGUUUGUUAGACUUUACAAAAAAGCUUCAGUAUGUUUGUAUUCUUUCUAUUUCUCGCGAGGUUAGGAUGGUUUUGGGGUCUGGCGGUUCGACUCUAGACGAUCUUGGUCUCGCAUGGGGGGGUUCCUGAUCACGGCAGUCAAUCCCUGGAGACACAAGGUGGAUGGCGGCAUUCAGAUUGAGUUGUACGAGGCCUCGGGUCGUUGGAGCCCGAUGGUGCGUGUAUUAGUACUACCUUUAGACGAAUGAAGUCGAUUCCGAG